AUGCAUCAGGGACGGCUGGAGUGUAACGAGCUAACUUUUUGCCGCCUGUUCCACACUUCCCUGAACUGUCUACUGGUGCUCUGUGAAUGCAAAGAGGAUGUCCCUAAAGACAAUGCACCCAAAGAAGUGUUCAAUCAAGACAGUGGUGAGAGCUGGCAGAUAGUAACACUCAAUGAAACCAAAGUUGCUGACGAUUUCACACUGAAGUUAAAAACUCUGCUGGAUGCUGAAGGGAAAACUAUGGAUGAUAUUCAAGGCUUACUCUCCAGCUCCCCUCGUCCAUCACCAAGUCCUGAUCGCCCUGCAAACUCCACUGAAUCUAUCCUACAAGCAGUUGGUGAUUUAUUGGAGAAAACACGUAAACCACCAGCGGAAGGUGGUUAUCGACGUUUGAGACUAUUCUCAGGGAACUUGCCAGUUCCUCCCAGUGAAGAACCAUUUGACCACUGGCUUGAACAGGCAUGGCUCAUGGUGGAGGAAAGUGACUGCACGGAUAAAGAGAAAAGGCGCAGGCUGAUGGAAAGCUUAAAAGGACCGGCUCUGGAGAUCGCCAAAUCCGUCCGUGAAGCAGACCCCGAGGCAAGUCCCACUGAGUACUUAGAAGCACUGGAAAGUGCAUUUGGCAGUGCUGAGUCUGGAGAUGAUCUCUAUUUCGCUUUCCGGCUCAUGCAACAACAGCCAAGCGAAAAACUGUCUGAUUUUCUAAGGCGUCUGGAGAGAGCCCUCGCAAAAGUCAUUCAAAGAGGAGGCUUUCCAGCUUCUAGCAAAGACCAAGCUCGCCUAGAACAACUUCUGAGAGGAGCUGUCGCUUCUGAUCUCAUGCUGAUCCAGCUGCGCUUGAGAGAAAGAAAAUCAUCCCCUCCAACGUUUCUCCAACUCUUAAGUGAAAUACGCACUGAGAAAAGAAAGUGGGAGUGGUGGUCUUAA